AUGUCCAAAUAUACAGAAAUUAGAGAAAAGAAUAAUUGCGAUGUUAAACAAAAUGACAGUAAAGAAAAUAUCGUAGAGCUAAUCACAGAUUUAAAAAAAAUCUUGUACAGAUAUAGGAUUGUCAUUAAAAUAUUGAUCCUGCUGAUUAAAGACCUAAAGGUGUCCCAGAAGCUUUAUGGAGACUAUGAAAGGAUGGUCAGGGAGAAGAACGAAUCGCAGGACAAUUACGGCAUCGGGGAUGAAGACAAGGAGAAAAUGGAAAAAAUGUACAUACAGGCCGUCAGGGAAUGGACCGUCAAAUUGUUGCCCAAGAAAUACGCCAUUGACACGAACACAAACCUCAUCAUGUUCUACCUGUGCUUAAUUAGACAGUUCAAAGUUAGUUAG